AAUAAAAAUUAAUUACAAACUAGUUAUAAGCACUUCAUACAAAUUUACUUAGGUAGUUUGUUAUCAUACUCCAAAUUAUGAAAGUACUGUAGAAUAUGACUCACCUUCUAUUAUUUAUGUGCUUUGAAAUCUGAAACAUAUCUCAUUCCCACUCUUCUACAUAACCUGGCAACGAGCAAGUUCUACCAUUUCAUUUGACCAAACAGAAAACACUCCAACAACAACAACAAUGGCAUCAUCAUCACCAUAUGAACCCUCCUCCACCCUCCCUCUCAAAGAAAUCCCAGGAAGCUACGGCCUCCCGGUCAUCGGAGCCCUACACGACAGACAUGACUAUUUCUACAACCAAGGUCGCGACAAAUACUUCGCAACCAGAGUCGAAAAAUACAACUCAACCGUCCUAAGACUCAACAUGCCACCUGGUGGUUUCAUCGCACCAGACCCAAAAGUCAUCGCUCUUCUUGACGGCGUCUCCUUCCCCAUCCUUUUCGACAACGCUAAAGUUGAAAAAAAGGAUGUCUUGGACGGCACUUUCAUGCCGUCCACUGAUUUCUUCGGUGGUUACCGUACCUGUGCUUUUCUAGACACAACAGAACCUUCUCAUCCCCUUCUCAAACGCUUCAUCUUCCAUAUCCUAUCCACCAAACAAGACACUUUCAUUGGUCUUUUUCAAGAAAACCUCUCCAAACACUUCACCGAACUUGACGAAGAACUCGCCGGAAAACAUAAUAAAGCAAAUUUCAACUCCUCAAUCGGAUCCACCACUUUUAACUUCCUCUUCAAACUCAUAACAGAUAAAUCCCCAACCGAAACAAAAAUCGGUGACUCCGGUCCAACUCUUGUUCAAACAUGGCUUGCAGCUCAGCUUGCUCCGUUAGCCACCGCUGGUCUUCCAAAAAUCUUUAACUACAUUGAAGAUAUUAUCAUCAGAACUAUUCCGAUCCCGGCAUGGACAGUGAAAUCAAGCUACAAUAAACUCUAUGAAGGUUUAUGGGAAGCAGGAACAACUGUGUUAGAUGAAGCUGAAAAAUUGGGUAUAUCAAGAGAAGAAGCUUGUCACAAUCUUGUUUUCACUUUAGGGUUCAACGCUUUUGGUGGGUUAACGAAUCAGUUUCCGAUUCUGAUUAAAUGGGUCGGGUUGGGUGGUGAAGAGUUGCAUAAGAAACUUGCUGAUGAAAUCAGGACCGUUGUUAAAGAACAAGGUGGUGUUAGUUUUAGUUCAUUGGAUAAGUUGACUUUGACUAAAUCAACGGUGUAUGAAGCUUUGAGAAUUGAACCAGCUGUACCGUAUCAAUACGCUAGAGCCAGAGAGGAUCUGGUGGUAUCGAGUCAUGAUGCGUCUUUUGAGAUUAAGAAAGGUGAGAUGAUCUUUGGAUAUCAACCGUUUGCUACUAAAGAUCCAAAGAUUUUUGAGAAUCCUGAGGAAUUUGUUGCAGAAAGGUUUAUUGGUGAUGGAGAAAAGUUAUUGAAACACGUGUUUUGGUCCAAUGGACGGGAGACCGAUAAAGCUACACCAGAUAAUAAAAUAUGUCCGGCGAAGAAUCUGGUGGUGCUCUUGUGUAGAUUGUAUUUGGUGGAAUUCUUCUUGAAAUAUGAUACAUUUACCUUUGAUUUUAAACCGUCUGUUUUGGGUCCCACUAUAACUAUCAAGUCACUCACUAAAGCCUCCUCCACCGUCUGAUCGGUUUGCAGGAGCUACGUGGUUUUUCAUGCGUUUUGAGAAUAAAGUGUUUUUUCAUUUUUGUUGCUUUUCCUAAAACGGUGGUAGCUUCUUCUGGAUGGGAACUGCACUUAUGGUUUUGGAAGAAGUACUGAAAGACCGUUGGUUGUGUUUAAUUUAUUUAUUGCAUUAUGUGUGUACAUUAUUUACUGCAAUAUUAAUGUUUAAAUAUCUACUUGUACA